UCCUGGAGGCCUUGGUAUCCCUAAGGGCCCCUCAAGCCGCGGCGGCCGUCAGGUGGAAGGAGACAGGUCAGCAGCGGCUGCCCGCCCAAGGAAGGCGGAGCCUGACGGAGGCCGGGGCUCCGCAGGGGGCAGCAGGCGGCCGGGACCCCGCGCCCCCUCCUCCGCGCAGCCCGCCGGCGACCCUGGGCGCUAAUCGGUGCUGUCUCGGUCUCAUCUGUCCCGGGCAACAGGGUCCCCGGGGCUCAGGGCCGCGCGUCCACCCCGGGACGCGCUGGAGGUCCCCGAGGAGGUGCCAGCCUGGCCGAGGCGCGACGAUGGAGGAGCCGCAGCGCGCCCACCCGCGUACGGUCACCACCACCGCCAGCUCCUUCGCGGAGAACUUCUCCACCAGCAGCAGCAGCUUCGCCUACGACCGGGAGUUCCUCCGCACCGUGCCCGGACUCCUCAUCGUGGCGGAGAUCGUUCUGGGACUGCUGGUAUGGACGCUUAUUGCUGGAACUGAGUACUUCCGGGUGCCUGCCUUUGGCUGGGUCAUGUUUGUAGCUGUAUUUUACUGGGUGCUCACCGUCUUCUUCCUCAUCGUCUACAUAACAAUGACCUACACCAGGAUUCCCCAGGUCCCCUGGACAACGGUGGGUCUGUGCUUUAAUGGCAGUGCCUUUGUCUUAUACCUCUCGGCCGCUAUUGUGGAUGCAUCUUCUGUCUCCCCGGAGAGGGAUGGCCACAACUUCAACAGCUGGGCUGCCUCAUCGUUCUUUGCCUUCCUGGUCACCAUCUGCUACGCUGGAAACACAUAUUUCAGUUUCAUAGCUUGGAGAUCCAGGACCGUCCAGUGAUUUGCCAUUUUGAGAAUUAAGAAGGGAACAAAAGGAAGAAUUUCACUGUAAAAACAGCUGUUGGUAUAAUGUAUAUUUCCAGAGAAUUGUAUUUAACUAAUGUUUUUAUAUACUUAGUUAAAUUUUUGCACCCACUGGUUUGUUACAAUUAAACUGGAGACUUAUUUGCAAAGUGCUAUAGCUUAUAAUGAGCUCUUAAAGAUCUGGUUGAUGUCUUCAUAGACUUUAUUUUCUGAGAUAAUGUAUAAAUAGAUAAAUUGCUAAUAUUAAGAAUGUCAAGUUUGUAAAUCUAACGUUUAAAAGGCCACUUUUCUUUUUUUUGAUUAAAUGUUUCCAAAUGCUGGGUAAUGUAGACUCUGAUUUGAGAAAGGAGACCUGCGGCUGAAGGCCAAGGCUGGAUGCUGUAGGAAGUCUUCAUUCUCACAGGGCUGCCCAGGUCCAAUAUUCCCAGAAGAAACCCGUCCACGGCCACCGGGCCAGGGCGGUAGGAGAGACGCGUCUCCCCAAGUCUCUGUUCAUGCUUCUCACAUGCUAACCACUCGGCCCAGAGGGCAUCUAAUGAGACACGGGCCCUGGAGCUUGGUAAUGGGCCCACCCUAAAUGGUGCUUUUACCUCCAGGGACUGAUGUGCUGGUGGCGUUUGUUUUGAAUACAGACUAACAUCAGUGCGUAACCAUUAAAAGGAUAAAUGCUUGCAUGUUCCUUAAAAUCAUCUCGCUGACCAGUGACAUGUGUACCAUAUUUUGUGGAAAAUACCCCACCCAAAUUCUCAAAUCUCUAGCCCUAGUAUUUUGUAACAUCGUUAUUCGAUAUAAUCAAACGGCGGGAAGAACCUCACUCAGCAAAGCAGAUGUGCGCUUAGAGGAAGUGUUUUUAGGCAGGACGGUUCUUGCUGCCGCGGCUGUGUAUCUUGGGUGAUUUUUCAACACGAGCUUCCUUUGAAAAACAAAAAAAACCACAGAAACGUUGGUGUAGUUGAUGACAGUGAAGAGUUUCAGCCGGGCGCUCAGAGGACAUGACCUAUGGCCUCUGCUCUUCUGGUUAAGUGUUGUUUCUUUGUUUUGUUUUUUUUGUUUGUGUGGGUCUUCCUGGUUAUCUGAUUCUAAUUCCUUAUCCAAGCUCUGUUUACCCCUAUAUAGGAGAGGUGGUAUUUCUUCAGUGUCUACUUAAACACCCACCCCAGAUCUUUGAAAGAAACAGUAAAGAAUGUUCUUGGGUUGUGGGUCCAAAGAGGUAAUGGUGCGGGGGGGGGGGGGAUCCAAGCAUGAGAGGUGGUGUAGGGUACAGAUGUGUGGGAGUAGGUGGGUGUUGGUGCACAGGAGGCCACUCUGUGUCCAACAUUUAGCAUGCCGUGAAGGUUGAGCUUUAGCAACACAGAUCUGCAAAUGAUCAGGGCAGCUGUAUUCUCAGCCGUCACCGGGAUAGCUUCUGCCUCGCUCAUCUUGCAAGAAAAGCUGACAUAACUAGUCAGUUUUUGUGCUCUGUCUCUCUCUGUCUGUCACUCCUCUCAUACUCACAGAGGUAUAUUCAUCUUCCAUGUACUCCGUAGGUUUAAGCACUUUAUAUCUGCAAUCAAGGCUCCAUAAAAGGCAGAAAAAUGUAACCUGCAGAGAUCUGUGUCUGGAAACAGUCAUAAAGAAAGAAGCCUGCUUUUGUUUCUCUCUCUCUCUCUCUCUCUCUCUCUCUCUCUCUCUCUCUCUCUCUCUCUCUCUCUCUGUGUGUGUGUGUGUGUGUAUGCGUGCACGUGCGUGAUUUCUAUAAUCAGGGCUGCAUUAAUAAGAAGUAACUUCUGGGGUGAAAAGUUCCGUAAACCAUUUUGAAAUAUCUUCCAAAUAGACUACAACCGUAAGUCUUUCUUGAACUGAUAGCACCAAAUGUACCUAUUUCAAGAGAACAGUGACUUGUCUGUCCACGCAGCAGCCACUUGCUCUCUUGUCUUUGCGGUUUUUCAGGAACAUGACCCUUUGUGUUGCCCUGAGAGUUCCCCCCAAAACAGCAUUUAUUUUUAACUGAAAGGAAAUUAUUAUUUCCUCUUUUGAAUACUGGGAGACUUUGUUCACAUAAUUUUUAAGCGUGGGUUUUUAGACAACAAAAUGAGUCUCUAUUGUUCAGAUGAAGCUAGAAGUUCUGAACUGGGUUUCGUUCAUUUUUCUCUUAAGAAAGAAGCAAAAAACAAAAACAAAGCCACAUGCAACAUGGCCAACAUAACAAGAAUACGUUUCUGAGGUUUAAAAACUAUUACUACAGGGAUAGUACACGCUAUGCUGAAACUCUUCUGUGAUGGAACUGGGUAGGUUUUUUAAUCUGAUGUAUUUACCCACUCGUGGCAAAUCAAUGAAAUGCUUCAGGCAAUUCAUCUCUCUCCCUCAUUAUUUCCAACUCAUAGCCCCAAAAGAUAAAUAUUUGGCCAAUAUUUCAAAAGUACAAGGGAAGCUAGAGACAAGAAUGUUCAAUAUCAAUUAUUUUUGUACUUUUUUAAAUUAUUCCCUUCAGAGGAAAAUCCCUUAAGGGUAUUAGCACACUAAAGAUUUUAAAUACAUAAAAUAUCUCUGUGUAGAGCACAAUUAAAAAUGCUCGCUGAAGAUACAGUCCUGGGUAGAAAAUCCAUUUAAAAUCUUUGUUUCUGUCCCCGAGACAAUUAUUACUUUGGUCGAAAAUACGGUUUUUCACAGAAAAAAUAAUCCAGGCAUAUAAGGCUAGGUGUGCACACAUACUGAAAGGUGACAACCUCAGAAGUAUUCGUUAACUUGUCACAUCCAAGGUCUGGUAAAUGUUCUGCCAAAUGUGAACGAUAAGCAAACAGCUGUGAAGGAAAGUGAGAUAACUGGUCCAGUGUUGAGGAUUUAGGACCGCAAGGAAGAUUAGAGUACAUAUUGUUAGGAGUUAGGAAGGCAUGUUUUGAGAAAACUUCCAUGUCAAUGGCAGAUUUCUUUUUUAGAAUAUUCAGAAUAACCAAAUCCAGAAUGUAGCAGACCUUGUCCCUGCCUGCCCCACAUCUCUGCUCCCUCCUCUUGUUAUUCAACUACCCUCGUUUUUUAUUCAGUACCCACACCAGCCACUUACGCCCCAGUUACUUGGAGGAAGCUAUUAGGUUGGUGCAAAAGUAAUUGAAGUUUGAAAGGUCUUGAAAAAAAAAAUUGCGAAAACCUCAAUUGCUUUUGCACUAACCUAAUAACUCCACUGUGACUCUAGGAAUGGCGCAUGUGGUUCUGUCUACGUUAGUGCCACCCCCGCCACACUGAUUGGUUCAGGGAUGGGUAAGUGACCGGAGGCUUGCUCUGGAGUUCUGAGGAAAUACGCAGGCAGUUGUUGGCAAAUAUAUUGUGACCACAAGAGGGAGCCAGUCGUGGGAUGAAGGGGACUGGAAGGAAAAGCAGCGAGAUGAAAAGAAAGUUCGUGAUGGUUACAUCAUUGAGACCCUGAAUCAUUUCAGCCCUGAAUGCUGGCCACCUCUGGACUUUACAAUGACAGGAGCAAUUAUACCCACUUUGCUUAAACUAAUUUCUGUUCCUUGCAACAGUAUGCAUCCUAAGCAAUACACAGGGCUUCCUGGCAAAUGGCUUUCCCGCAAAGGCAUAAAAUCUUGGUUCUGAUUCACUUUCUCAUAGUAAGUCACCAUACGGCCCUAGGCAGAUGUCAGUCAACCUUAGCACCAGGGCUCCUUAGCAAUAGAAGGGUAGAAAAAGGAAACCUUGAGAGUCCACUUGAGAGAGUGACUCAGGCCUUCCCCAGGCUAUUGGUUAAGGAUGGUGAUAGCAUGGGAAGAGCCUAGGAAGAGAAACAGUGGGAAGGAUGGGUUCUCAAAGCAGUUUUCAUGACCUGAACUUUCGUCGUUGUCAUAGGAAAGCUGAGUAUAAAGGAGGAAACAUGAAAAUCUGGCCUCCACUGUUUUAACUUAGAGUGAGAACUCCAUCUUGUUAUGUCUCAAAGACAAAUAGUCACUCUUGAGAAGUGGUUUCCCUCUCUGGAAGUAGGGUGACCAUUCCGUAAGUGCCAAAGAACACUGAUCCUAUAAGACUGCGGAUUAGACCUAAACUCCUAACAGGAAAAAGGGCUUAGAAAUAAAUCAAAGGUAGUACUUGUGGUUUUUUUUUUCCUUUUUCAAAUUAAAACUCCAAUGAGAUGCUAGGUCACACCCUCUACCUCUGGAAUGGCUAAAAUUGAAAAGACUGCAAUACCACGUGUUGACCAGGUUUUGGAGCAUCUGGAAUUCUCAUUCACUGCUGGUGGGACUAUCAAAUGUUACAAUUUACAUAAAUUCAUAUUUAAUAAAGUUAAACAUAGAUUUAUAAUAUGACCUAGUCAUUCCAUUCCUAGAUAUUUACCCAAGAGAAAUAUGUCCACAAAAAGACUUAUACAAGAAUAGGCAUAGCAGCCGUGUUCAUAAUUGACCAAAACUGGAAACAACACAAAUGACUAUCAAAUGGUUAAUAAACAAAUCGAGGUGUAUUUGUACAAUGGAAUACUGAAAAUAAAAAGGAGUGAACUAUGGAUACAUGCAAUAAUGUGGAUGAAUCACCAAAAUAUUAUACUGAAUGAAACAAACCAGACAAAAAAAUAUAUGGAUUCUAUUUAUAUGAAAUUCAAGAAAAGGUAAAACAAUUGUAUGAGUAAAUUGACAGGAAGCUGAUCAGUGGUUUCCUGAGGUUAGAGGCAGAAGGGAUUGGAUAGAAAUACCCUACAUCUUGAUUGUGGUAGGGGUUGCCUGUGUGUAUACAUUCGUCAAAAUUCACAAACUGUUGACUUAAAGUUGGUAUAUUUUAUUUUAUGUAAA